GACCGGCCUUGGACACGCUCGACACCCCAAAUCGCGAAACACAUCAACAAGUACAACAAUUGAACAGCAAGUUUGACCAAAUGUCGACGUCUCUAGACAUUCUGCGUCCAGCACCAUCUCCGCCAACUCCCCGAUCAUCAUGCGAAUCAGAUACGCGAGAUCUGGAGCGUCGCGCCAACAAAUUCGCAGAGAUCAUGACAACCAAGAACUUUGCAGACCCUGCUCUAAAACAACUUGUUGUGCCAGAUUUUCGAUGUCAGAUUGAGCUUGCAGGAGGUCGCGUCGGCGUGGUCAACAGUCGCGACGCCUUUGUCAACCACUACAGGAAGUACAAGUCGACCUCGCUGGUAAAUGUUUCGAACCUUACAGCCGAGAUCGAUGAAGAUACUGGACUAGCAAAGGUCAUGCUACUUUUGCACAUCACAGAUUCGCCUCAGACGUCGCCACAGGAAGCUGUUUCAGUGCAAUGGUGGAAGAAAGACCAGGGCGCUUGGAGAUGCUACCAGCAGACGGGCAUGCGAGGGGGUUCGGGCUAUGGCGCGUGCAUUUGAUUGCAAUCUGAUUAAUGUUCAGCAAGGUGUUGGGGAUGUCCUGGAUUCGAGCUGUCUGCAAUACAACGUGGAAGAGCAUCGAGAUGUAUUUGCCAUGUGCUGCACUACCUCCACUGGAUGAAAGCCAGAGCCACAAUAAUGCUAAUGCCACGACACAAUAUCUCUUCGCCAGUUGUGGCAUCUGUCAAGCGUGAUAGCUGGGCUCGCGUCGUCAAGAGGAAUGCUAGCGCAUGCGGCUCUAUCCCAUGCGACAUCGACAGUGCACACGGCAGAUACUCGGUACACCAAGCGAGGAGGUGAUUAUAAACUACCAUUCUACCACUACCAUGAGAGCAAGAUACGGCCGCUGCAUCCUGGCAUCACAUAUUCGGUCGGCGUAUAAAUCAUCCGCUCCACGCACAG